AUGACUAUGUUUCUGAAGCCUGUCAUCUUCCUACAUGAUUCAUGUCUUGCCACCCUCUCUCUACUGUUUCCUUCUUUUGUCUAUCUAUAUACUAUAUAUAAAAAGUUCCAUGGAGGGAGAUCUGAAGCAUCCAUUAAUGGUGUGAAGAUAAGCAUCGAAACGACUUGGGGACAACAAUUGAGGAAUUUAUUUAUAGUUCCAAUAUUCAAAUAUUUGGUGGCUCUGUGUUUGAUUGUCUCCCUCUUAGUUUUCAUAGAGGGUAUUUACAUGAACCUUGUAAUCCUCUACGUCAAGUUGUUUAAUCGAAAACCCGAAAGAGUCUACAAAUGGGAACCGAUGCAAGAGGACGUUGAGCUCGGACAUGAAUCUUAUCCCAUUGUCCUUGUCCAAAUCCCAAUGUACAACGAAAAAGAGGUUCUUCAAUUAUCGAUAGGUGCUGCAUGUAGACUAAUAUGGCCAUUGGAUCGCCUAAUUGUUCAAGUUUUAGAUGAUUCGACCGAUGAAACUAUCAAGGAGCUGGUGAACACGGAAUGUGCAAAAUGGGAAAGCAAAGGCGUAAACAUUAAGUGUGAGAGGAGAGAUAAUAGAAAUGGCUACAAAGCCGGAGCUCUUAAACAAGGGAUGAAGCACAACUAUGUUAAGCUAUGCAACUAUGUCACCAUCUUCGACGCUGACUUUCAACCGGAGCCUGAUUAUCUCCAACGCUCUGUCCCUUUCCUUGUUCACAACCCCGAGGUUGCUCUCGUUCAAGCCCGAUGGAGAUUCAUGAACGCAAACAAGUGCUUAAUGACAAGGAUGCAAGAGAUGUCUCUCAACUACCACUUUAUGGCAGAGCAAGAAUCUGGAUCCACUAGACAUGCCUUUUUUAGCUUCAACGGAACUGCUGGUGUGUGGAGAAUGGCGGCGAUGGAAGAAGCUGGAGGAUGGAAUGAUCGGACCACUGUAGAGGACAUGGACUUGGCCGUUCGUGCUGGUCUUCUCGGAUGGAAAUUUGUCUUCCUUAAUGACCUCGCGGUGAAAAGCGAGCUACCAAGCAAAUUUAAGGCCUUUAGAUUCCAGCAACAUCGGUGGUCCUGUGGUCCAGCCAAUCUCUUCAGGAAAAUGAUUAUGGAGAUUAUUCGCAAUAAGAGAGUGACGAUUUGGAAGAAGUUGUAUCUGAUCUACAGCUUCUUUUUCUUACGGAAGAUCAUAGUCCACUUCUUUACGUUCUUCUUCUACUGCGUUAUUCUUCCUACAAGCGUCUUCUUUCCCGAAGUCAACAUUCCAGCUUGGUCAACUAUCUACAUUCCCUCUAUGAUCACUCUCUUCAUCGUCAUUGCAACACCAAGAUCAUUCUACCUCGUGAUAUUCUGGAUCUUGUUUGAAAACGUGAUGUCUAUGCAUCGGACAAAGGGAACUUUCAUCGGUGUUCUUGAAAGAGGAAGAGUAAACGAAUGGGUUGUCACUGAAAAACUAGGAGAUGCUCUUAAGACUAAGCUAGUUCCUCAGAUUGGAAAACCUCGUAACGGGUUUUUCGAAAGAAUAAACUCAAAGGAGAUGAUUAUGGGGAUAUACAUAUUAUGUUGUGCUUGCUAUGGACUUGCCUUUGGGAACACGUUGUUAUAUCUCUAUCUUUUCAUGCAAGCGGCUGCAUUUCUCGUCUGUGGAGUUGGCUUUGUCGGAACUUAA